GAAAGAGAAGAUAAAAAGGAAAGAGAAAGGAGAAAGGUGGAGAAGCCUGUGUUCUAGUAUCCAUCUCCUUCUCCUUUGUGCUAUUGGGUUAUAUAGUCAGUCACUUAUUGUUUCGUAGUGCCACGUGAUGGGUCGCAUUGGGAGGUUGGAGGUUAGAUGCCAAACGAAUAUGACUGGUGUCAUGGUUAUCAGUCGAGGGGUUCUUAACGAAGGCUAUUAGCCUAUGAAUUUUCACGAGGGGUUCCCAACGAAAAAUCUUCAGUCGAGAGGUGCCUUAUGAAAGGUCUUCAGUUAAGAAGUUUCCAACAAAAUACUGUCAUAGUAGGCUUAAAGAAACUAUAAUAACAAUUCCAUUUGUAUAACAUUCCUAAUCAAUCCAUUCCCAGUACCUUAUCAUUAUUAUCCCAUUGGUUGAAUUUGGAUUUCUAGCUCUGGAAAGUAAUGCUGCCAUUUGUUAAAGAAAAAAAAAACCUUUUCCAAAUGCUAAAUCAAGCUUCUGGCUUGGAGGGAUCUAUAUAGAUUUCCUUUGAUGGGUUUGGACCAAUCAAACAGACGGCUGAGAUAAAACGAAAAAAAACCGAGAAAAAAACAGAAAAAUUAUUUCUUCAAUUUCAGCUCUCCAGAAAGUGGUGAGAAAAUAUCAACGCCAGCAUUUUCCCUUGAUUUUUUUUUUGUAAUAAAUUCCCUUUUUGGGAAUCCAAAAAAGAACCCAACACAAAACCGAAAGAAGCUCAAACAUGUUUCUGAUAAGCUGUCCAAGCGGAGCAUUGUCGGCUAAAAAAUGUUCACUCAAAUUCACUGUCCCAAUUAAACCUUCAAUUUCCAAUUCCUCAAUCCAUAAAAGACCCAAAUUCAUCCCUUCAAGAAAUCCACGAAAACCCCUUCAAAUCACUCUCGCCAAGGCUGAAGGAGGCCUAGACUCUGCCCCUAAACAAUCUUCCCCUCCUCCUCCUCCUUUCAACAAUAGCGACGACACCGUUUUCGUUGGUCAAGAUGAUGUCCCUUUGGAAGGUGUUAUCCAGUUCGAAAAACCCAGUUCUUCUUCUUCUCAUCUUUCCAAAUGGGGUCGAGUGGCUUUGCUUGCUGGUGGGGAUGUGUUGGCUUUGCUUUUGUUUUCUGCAAUCGGAAGAUAUAACCAUGGUCUCCCCAUUUUUGCAAUGGAUACAAUACGUACAGCUGACCCUUUCUUGGCUGGAUGGUUUUUGAGUGCAUACUUCCUUGGGGGCUAUAGUGAGGAUGGACGAGGAGCCAAUGGUCUAUCCCAAGCCCUUAUUGCUGCUGCCAGAUCUUGGGGUUUGGGAAUUCCUUUGGGAUUGAUUAUACGAGCUGCAACAUCAGGCCAUGUUCCGCCAUAUGCAUUUGUUUUGGUAACAAUGGGAAGCACUUCUGUUUUGCUUAUUGGAUGGAGAGCACUAAUAGUAAGCAUUUUCCCUGAUGAUACAAAAAAGAAGAAUGAUGUAUAUCGACGUGGCAGCCCAUUUGAACUAUUUGAGUUGCUCACAUCAUUGAUACGAAGAUGGUGAUACCCGACAACCACCAUGAGGUUGAUCCUGUAAGUCAUCAAUUUUUACAAUCUUCAUGUAUACAUUUUGUACUAAUCUGAUGUAGUUCAAAGCUUCAACAUUGUAGCACGAUGAUACAGUCCUGUGAAUAUCUGUGGUAAUCGUCGUUAAAAGUGUAAUAAUAGUUCUAUUCAUGGAGAGUGUACUAACUCCCAGAACUGCUACCUUGCACUUGCAUUAUCAUUUGUAAAUCGGCUUUUCUUUUAAAUGAAUGUAGCAAUAUGAUUUAUCUUUCCA